CGAAACCUGCUCUUAUAAGAUUCAACUUUGUCUCACCAUGAAAUGUCCUGUACUGCUCCUGUCCUGAGGCGAAUAUUGGGCUCUUUUUGCACUGUUGGUGGCAGCGUGCAAAGGUCUCAAUGAAUUUCGGUUCUUCAGAGAUACAACUACUUUAGCGGAGAGAAGAUGAACAUCCAUGUGGAGGGGUUGGUGGCGAUUAUCAUCUUCUACCUGCUGAUCCUUGUUGUGGGAAUUUGGGCAGCAUGGAAGAACAAGAAUUCUGGCGUGAUGGAGGGAACUGAUCGCAGUGAGACCAUUAUGGUCGGCGGAAGGGAUAUUGGAUUGUUUGUUGGAGCAUUUACCAUGACCGCAACUUGGGUCGGAGGGGGUUAUAUCAAUGGCACAGCAGAGUAUGUGUAUCUGCCCGGGUACGGCUUGGCAUGGGCUCAGGCUCCCUUUGGAUAUGCGCUCAGCCUGGUUUUGGGUGGCCUUUUCUUUGCCAAACCCAUGCGCUCCCGGGGUUACGUCACCAUGCUUGACCCCUUUCAGCAACUGUAUGGCAAAAGAAUGGGUGGACUGCUAUUCAUCCCUGCACUAAUGGGGGAAAUAUUCUGGUCUGCUGCCAUCUUAUCUGCCCUUGGGGCCACUCUGAGUGUAAUCAUUGACAUCAACAUCAACAUGUCUGUGGUCAUUUCGGCUCUCAUUGCCAUUUUCUACACGCUGGUGGGAGGACUCUACUCGGUGGCAUACACUGAUGUUGUCCAGCUCUUCUGCAUCUUUUUAGGACUGUGGUUGAGCGUCCCUUUUGCACUCUCAAAUCCAGCAGUGUCAGACAUCGGAGUGACAGCAGUAAAGCAGCUUCAUGCUAAUCAGACUGCAUGGCUUGGGAAGAUAGAAAGCACUGACAAAUGGAUGUGGGCUGACAACUUCUGUCUUCUGAUGUUGGGGGGGAUUCCCUGGCAGGUGUAUUUUCAACGGGUUCUUUCUGCCUCUUCUGCUACCUAUGCUCAAGUCCUCUCCUUUAUGGCUGCCUUCGGUUGCAUCAUAAUGGCGAUUCCCUCUGUCCUGAUUGGAGCCAUAGGGGCUUCCACUGAUUGGAACCAGACAACCUAUGGGCCAGUACCUCCCAUGCAGAGGGACCAGUCCGAUAUGAUCUUGCCAAUCGUGUUACAGCAUCUGUGUCCAGCCUAUAUCUCCUUUUUUGGUCUGGGGGCCGUUUCUGCUGCAGUGAUGUCAUCAGCUGACUCAUCCAUCCUAUCAGCUAGCUCCAUGUUUGCUAGGAACAUCUACCAGCUCGCUUUCCGCCAGACGGCUUCCGACCGUGAGAUUGUGUGGGUCAUGCGGAUCACUAUUUUCGUGUUUGGGGCUCUUUCGACAGCUAUGGCUCUUCUGACUGGGACCGUCUAUGGUUUAUGGUACCUCAGCUCUGACCUGGUCUAUGUUAUCAUUUUCCCCCAACUACUCAGUGUUCUUUUUGUCCGUGGCACAAACACCUAUGGCUCGGUAGCUGGAUACUUCUUUGGAUUAAUCCUGCGUAUUGGUGGAGGGGAGCCUUAUCUCAAACUUCCUCCAUUCAUCUACUACCCUGGAUGGACUAUUGAGGAGAAGAUCCAUCAUGUUACCCAUGAGGUGGAAUACCUAGUAGUGCAGAGAUUUCCCUUUAAGACUGUUUCGAUGUUGGCUUCAUUCUUAAGCAAUGUGGCCUUCUCAUACCUGUUCAAGUACCUGUUUGAGAGUAGCACUUUGUCAGCUAAAUAUGAUUUCUUGGAUGCAGUGGUGGCCAGGCACAGUGCUGAGAUAAUGGACAAGACCACUCUGGUGAACAGGAACAUCAUUGGGCUCAGUGAAAUGGCCCCAGUCAAGCCAAGACUUAGUGUUACUUUAGCUGCUACCUUUACCAGGAAAGAAACCCUGACUGAAGAGGAGGACUCCAGCCCAGAGUUACUGAGUCAUGAAAACGAGUAG